AUGGCACGUUGCCACAGCGAGGCGUGCAAACGGUCCGCCCUCUCCGCCCUGGCCUUCGAAGUAAAGGCACGGCAAUGUUUACAGGCCUGGUUCAGAGGGAACUGCAGUUACCUUUCAGACUUGGACCAUAUUGCCAUGCCAUCAUAUGUGCCAACUCAGCAAGAUGUACUCAGAGUAAGAGUGCCAACCACUGGAAUUAUUGAAUGCCCCUUUGAUUUAGAAAAUACUAUAUUUAGAAUGGUGGAUGUUGGUGGACCGAGGUCAGAAAGAAGAAAAUGGAUUCAUUAUUUUGAAAGUGUUACCUCCGUAAUAUUCUUAGUUGCUUUAAGUGAAUAUAAUCAAGUCUUGGCAGAAUGUGAUAAUGAGAAUCGGAUGGAAGAAAGCAAGGCCUUAUUUAAAACAAUUAUUGCUUACACUUGGUUUCUGAGUUCUUCAGUUAUCCUGUUCUUAAAUGAGAAAGAUCUUUUGGAAGAGAAGAUUAUGCAUUCCCAUUUAAUCAAUUAUUUCCCACAAUUCACAGAACCUAAGCAAGAUGUCAAAGCUGCAGAAGAGUUUAUUUUGAGUUAUAUCAUUGAGAUAUAUUAUUUUGAGUUAUAUCAGGAUCAGAAUCCAGACAAAGAAAAAGCAAUUUAUUCCCAUUUUAUGUGUACCACUGAUACAGAGAAUAUUCGAUUUGUCUUUGCGGCUGUCAUGGACACCAUACUGCAGCUGAAUCUAAGAGUUCAGUCUGGUGUGAAUAAGAUGCAGCGUUUGAUUUAUCCAUUAAACUACUUUCACCUAGCUGAGUUAAAUGCAACAGUAACAACAGCUCUCUCUCUCUGUAUACUUGCAGUAACUGUUUCUGUCUUUACUGGACUUGAAAUAUUUACUGAACAGAAAUGGAACUCCAAAGUUAAAACCUCCAGUUUCCCAAAUUCACUAAUCGUAUCUGAAGAUAAACCAAUGAGUGACAAUUUCUCAUGA